AUGAAGGUUGAAAAUUCCAGUAUCAUUCCUCUGAUUCUCUUUUGGAUUCCAGUGAUUGGAGCUGUGAGUUUGAUCUAUACUUACUUCCGAUCAUGGUAUCGUCUUCGUGAAUUCAAAGGACCGUGGCUAGCUGGCUUGACAGAGGCCUGGCUCUUUCGCUCGACAACGACCGGCGAAUUGCACAAACGACUAUACGAUGUCAAUAGGGAAUAUGGUGAUCUCGUUCGAAUUGGACCAAACUGGCUCAUGACUAGCGACCCUGAGAUAAUCCGUUAUAUGAGCGCUGCCAAAUACAAACAUCGAAAAUCGAGCUGGUAUGCUUCUUUAAAGCUCGACCCUUACGUGCAUAGUGUGUUCUCGGAGACUAGUUUGGAAAAGCACGACCAACUACGAGCUAAGAUGCAAUCCGGUUAUUCCCUGAAGGAAAACCGAGAUCUAAAUGUCAAAAUUGAUGCGGAAAUUGCUUCUCUUGUUAAUUUGAUUGAGCGUAAAUAUAUUUCCACGGCUACUGAUGUCCGCCCCAUCGAUUUUGCUCAAGCGGCGCAGUUUUGGUCGCUGGACGUUAUUACGAGCAUCGCCCUCGGUGACCCAUUUGGCUACCUGACUGAGGACAAGGAUAUGUAUAACUUUAUCAAGAUUCUAUAUGGAGAGCUUCCUCUCGCAACAGUCUGCUCGUCGACACCUACAUUGGGAAGCCUUGUGUUUGGGUCCGGACUUGUGACGCUUAUAGGGGCUGACCAGCAGUGCAGAAUCGCAAAAAGGGUCGUCGGUGAUCGUUUUGGUGAUAAAAAGGUUGUGCGCGACGACAUGCUGGGAACCUUCGUCCGAAACGGACUGGAUCAACGUCAAGCUGAGUCCGAGAUUCUUACCACCAUUAUGGCUGGAUCCGAUACGACGGCCACUGCUAUCCGCGCAACGAUGCUUUACGUCAUGACGAAUCCCCGUGUAUACAACUUGCUUGUUCAAGAGAUUCAAACGGCCGAGCGGAAUGGGUCCAUAUCUUCUCCAAUAACAUCUGCUGAGUCUCGCGAGAUGCCAUAUGUGCAAGCGGUUAUCAAAGAAGGCAUAAGAAUUCACCCCCCAAUUACAGGCCUCUUGACAAAGGUGGUUAAUCCAGGUGGCGAGACCAUCAAAGGCCGAUUUGUCCCUGGAGGAACCGGCAUUGGACACUGUGGAUGGGGUAUUCAACGCAAUGAGGUCUUUGGAGCCGAUGUUGAUGUUUUCCGGCCCGAACGAUGGAUUGAAGCAUCUGAUGAACAGAAACACGAGAUGGAGAGAACUAUGGAGUUAGUGUUUGGAACCGGUCGAUGGGGUUGUCUUGGUAAAGCAAUCGUACUUGUUGAAUUGGACAAGAUAUUUGUUGAGCUCCUUCGACGAUUCGACUUUGAGCUCAUCUAUCCUGGAGAUCCUUGGAAAACUCAAAAUUUUACCCUUUUCAUGCAAAAGGAGAUGUGGGUGCGCGUCACGAAGCGUACGGCCUAG